AAAGAGGAACAGAAAAGAAAAAGGAAAGAAAAAAGGAAAAAGAAAACAAAAAAAUCGGUUGGAGGAACCUUCUAUUAGACAAAAGUGCCAGUCCCGUCGGUUUCAAUCCCCUCGCCGGCCCAUCCGCCGCCGCUGCCCCACUCCCCUCCCCCGUGCUCGACGGCGCCGCCGGGGCCUUCCUCUGCCGCCGCGCCAUGGCCACCCCAGCUGACCGAUCUAGCCCACGGGAGGACGGACGCAUAUCAACUCGGAUCAGGUCCCCAUCUUCGCCGCCCCGCGGCAGCCAGACGGCGGCCGAGAGGCUCACCGACGACCUCAUCAUCGAGAUCCUCUCGCGCGUCCCGGCCAAGUCGCUCUGCCGCUUCAAGUGCGUCUCCAAGCACUGGCUCGGCCUCACCAACGACCGCAGCUACCGCAAGAAGCUCCCCCAGACCCUGACCGGCUUCUACCAGGGGAUUGAAUUGGUAGAUUCAGCUCUCCCCUUCACCAAUCUCUCGGGGAGCCGCCAUCUCACAUAUCCCGCCUUCGUGCCCAACCGUGGGCGGGUCAAGGUCUUGGACAGCUGCAACGGCCUCCUUCUCUGCCGCUCAUACGUUGUCUGCGACCAUGGCGAAAAGAUGUGGUACGUUGUCUUCAAUCCCGCCACAGAGGAAUGGGCUGAGUUGCCGAAGUGCCGCUAUUACGGCCCGGUGGCUACUAAACGCUUGUGUUUUGAUCCAGCCGUGUCCCCCCAUUUCCAUGUGUUUUUGUUGCUGGCGGUGGAUGACCUACAUGGUGACUAUCUUACCGGAGUGCAUGUCUAUUCAUCUGAAACCGGGAGUUGGGUUCAUAAGAAGAAGAGAUGGAGCCGCAAUAUUGAUGUCGCUAAUGAUCUGCCAACUAUCUAUCUUAAUGGUUAUCUGCAUUUCUGCGCCAAUGUUGAUGGUUCUGCCGGUCGUCUAGCUGCAGUGGACAAGGAGGGGCGAGCAAGGACUAACUUUCGUGUUCCUGGUGGUCUGGAUGUUGGUUUUAUUCAGCUGUCACAGGGCUGCCUGCAUUAUGCUGGUUUUCACACAGAUGAUGAUAGUGUUGUUCGAAUGCAAGUUUAUGUUCUUAAAGACUAUGACAGAAAAGAAUGGAUACUGAAGCAUAGUGUCGAAACUUCGCAUCUGCUUGGUGGGCGACACGUUAAACCCCUUGAUGAGGACUUCGAUUGGAUUGCAAUUCAUCCAGAAUGUGACUUGAUCUUCUUCGCUGUGGCCCAGGAGGAGAUCACAUUCAUGUGCUAUGAUAUGCGUCGUGGACAAGUUACAGUGAUCUGCAAUAAUCUUGAAGAUAGCAAGCAGGAAUAUUUUCCGUAUGUGCCACUAUAUGAAGAGCUAAAAUCGUUGCACAAGUGAUGUCUUAUUCGUGCUAUGGAGCAGCGGGCAUGGUAUGUCUGCUUGAAUUUGGUCCUCCUUUCUCUGAUGUAUGCAUGUUAACUGUUAAGUGACCCGGUGCGGCUGAUUUCUCUCGAACUUGUUGUUCAAAGUUCCAAUGUAGUUUCUGUUGCACGUACUAGUGUUGUCGCUGUAUUACCAAUGGUUCUGGACAAUAAGGGACGGUGAUACACCUAUGAUUAUUACAUUGUCACUUUCUUUUGGUGCUAUUUCUUGUCCUGUGUUUUAAAUAGGUUGUGUUGUUAGCUGAACAUCACACCUACAAUGCUUCUGUUAAUAGGAAAUAUUGUGGAUCAUAAUGUUCAUCA